CAAAAUCUGGGGGAAGCCGCUGAAAAAAUUGAAUCUUUCGUUUUGGCCCUCUGGGACAGGGGUUAAUCAUCCAUCAGGCUCCGCCGUACGUCGGUAGACCACAUGCAGAAACCCAAGAGGACAACAGCGGCGUCGAUUUGCAGUCUCUCCUUCAUCCUCGUUUUCUUUGGUUCAGGAAAGACUUCAUUUUUCUAUUGAUUGCUUGUACAACAGAAGCAUCUUUCCUAAAAGAUGCUUCAGAUCCGCCUGAGGAAGCCAUCCAGUGAAGCUGGAGGUUUGAAGCCCUUGCCUGCUGACACAGUGACAGUGGCAUGCCCUGAUCACCUUGUCUUAGCGGAUCUCCCUGUAGCAAAGUGCCUUGGUUCACCUGCUGCAACUGCCCUUGUCAAGAUUGUUGGUCGUAGGUCCCGUCGCCAACUUGGUGAAAGAGUUCAUUUUUGUGUACAUUGUGACUUACCCAUCGCUAUCUAUGGACGUCUGAGCCCUUGUGACCAUGUCUUCUGUCUGGAUUGCGCCAGGAGUGAUUCUUUUUGCUUCAUAUGUGACGAACGGAUUCAGAAGAUUCAGACAAUUAAGUUGAUGGAAGGAAUCUUCAUUUGUGCUGCCCCUCACUGUCUCAAGUCUUUCCUCAAGAAGUCUGAUUUUGAGUCACAUAUCCUUGAGACUCAUGGUGACCUUCUGCAUCCCAAUGCAGAAAAAGAAGGAAAUGAUUCAGAGGCAGCAAGUAUGAGAAAAUCUACAGCCUCAGAUUCUACAGUUCAAGCCCCACCGAGGCCAAUGUUUUCUAUGCACUCAAAUUCCCAGGUUCAUGAUCGUGAUGCUCAUCGUCCACAAUUGAGAGACCAAUCAAUUUCUAGGCCUUUCAUGCAGCCAAAAGUAAUGCCAUUUUUUCCUGGGCAAAUUCAGAACCAUUCCUCAGAGCAACUUCUUGAUAAUAAUGCGCCUCCAGGCUUUGACAGGCUUGGUUCACAGAACCGCUUUACUCAGCAGGCUUUUGAUUCACCUGGUGGCAUACGGCAAGAUUCAAGUCAGAUUCCAGAAAAGCAGCAAGGAAUAAGAGCAGAGUCUCCGUUUCCUGAAUAUCCGAUGCAAGCCCUUCAAUCCCCUGGCUUUGCUGGACCAGUGAAUCUGAAUCCAGGUUUAGUUCCCCCUCAGUUUGUUUAUCCCCAUUUUAUGCCUGAUGGAGCUCAACCAUUUUAUGGUGCACCAUAUGACAUGGCAAGGCCAGAGUCAACGCCAGAAGUUGGAUCAGAACAAGGGCCAUUGUUAGGCUUUCCACCCGGUCCUGCUGGUAGCAUAAAUUUUGCGGAAAGCUAUCCUCGGCCCUGGAGUUUGGGACCUGGUGUUGGGAAUUUUGAAAGAUCUCCCACGGGUCAAGGGAGUGUUGAGGGCUUCAUGAAUAAUACUGCAUCAGAUCCUCAAGGAAGAAGGCCUGCAAUUCUCCAAGGGGAUUAUGGACGGAAUCCAGCAGCUUUACUUUCAAACCUACCACUACAUCCUUCCACGAACAAAGGGAUGGAAAGCGGGCAAAGUGGAACAUCUAUGGACGCUCGGGACGGGAAGGGCAUAUUAGCACAGCCACCUCUUCCCCUCCCACCACCACCUCCUUUUCCUCCACAUUUGGCUCAGAUUAAACGAGGCAAGUUCUACUCCAAUGAGACAAACAAUGAUGGACAAGGCUUUGGUUGGCCAAAUGAAAAGCGUGACAGUUUUGUUAGUAAUCAGGAGUAGUAAAUUUGUUACUUUUUUCAACUCGACGUUUUUUUUUUUCAAACUAUCACGAACUUUGCGUUGCAUCUUACCAGAUGGAUGAUAGUAGUGAUGGUUUCUUGAAAAUGGAUUGAAAAGGCUCUUCAAAGUGACUUUUAAAGCAAUGUCUUGAAUAUUUCUGUGAAGAAUGAAAGGGGACCAACUAUACUUUUUACUUUA